AUGGAUAGAUUGCACAAUUGCACAGUUGCACAAUCGGCACACCGAUUGGCACUUUCCGAUACGAGACAUGUCCCAUAUCUCGACAGGACCCUCGCCUAG